AACAGGACAUAUAUUUGAAAUUUUUGGGUACUGUUUGGCGACAGCCCACAAAAUAACCGUUUGUCAUUUCUCCCAAAAUUUGAAUUUCAAUCAAUCCUUUCUCCCCGCUCUCUCUCGCUCUCUCUCUCUCUCUCUCUCACACACACACACACACAAAGACUCACACACACACACACACAAACACUCACACACACACACACAAACACUCUCACACACACACGCAGAAAACGUCGAUCGACUCAGAUUUGGAGAAGCCCAAGCAUGAAUCACUACCACAUUUAUGAAGCCAUCGGCCGCGGCAAAUACUCGACCGUGUACAAAGGAAGAAAGAAGAAGACAAUCGAGUAUUACGCGAUUAAGAGCGUGGAUAAAUCUCACAGGAGCAAGGUUCUUCAAGAAGUGAGAAUUCUUCACACUUUGGAUCACUCUAAUGUGCUAAAAUUCUACUCAUGGUAUGAAACAUCAGCUCAUUUGUGGUUAGUUUUGGAGUACUGUGUUGGAGGAGAUCUAAUGACCUUAUUGCAACAGGAUGGUAAGCUUCCUGAAGAGUCUAUACAUGAUUUGGCUCAUGACCUUGUUAGAGCCCUGCAGUAUUUGCAUUCAAAGGGAAUUAUCUACUGUGACUUAAAACCAUCAAACAUUCUACUGGAUGAAAAUGGACAUACAAAGUUAUGUGACUUUGGAUUAGCGAGGAAACUGAGUGACAUAUCCAUGACACCUUCUUCCCAGCUUCCACAAGCAAAGCGUGGAACUCCGUGUUACAUGGCUCCUGAAUUAUUCCAAGAUGGAGGUGUUCAUUCAUACGCUUCUGAUUUCUGGGCUCUUGGUUGUGUACUGUAUGAGUGUUAUACUGGCAGGCCUCCAUUUGUUCAGAAGGAAUUCACUCAGUUGGCAAAGUCAAUUCUUUUAGAUGCACCUCCUGCUCUUCCUGGUAGUCCAACCCGUCCAUUUGUAAAUCUGAUAAAUUCUCUUUUGAUCAAAGAUCCAGCUGAAAGGAUACAGUGGCCUGAACUUUGCAAUCAUGCUUUUUGGAGAACAAAGUUUGUUCCACUGACACUACCUCCUCAGCCUGCGUUUACUAACAUGAUAGAGCUGUCUUCUGAACCGCGGCUUACAGAGCGCAAUGGAGAUAGACCUCUUCGAAACAAGACUUUGUCCAACACUUGUGGAAAAGAUUUAAGAGUGCCUAGCAAACAAGAUGAGAAUUUUACUGCGGGAGUGAAAGGAGAAGAUACACCAAUUAGGGGUGUCUAUAACAGCCGUAAACCCCAAACGAAAGCUUCAGGUAGAAUACCUGAUGGUAAGGACAAAGAUGCUUCAAAUAAUAUGGGUGGUGUGAAUCUCCUGAGGCUUUCAAGGAUUGCAAAAUCCAACCUGCAGAGGGAAAAUGAGAAAGAGAACUACAGAAGACCAUUACCUAAUAACACUAAGAAUGAGGCAGAAGUCAAAAUUGAAAAUAAUGACAUGGAACUUGAUUUCAAUGAGAGCACAGAAGAUGAUGGACAUGAUGAAACUGAAGGGUCUGACAUUGCAUCCUCUACCGCUGAAGAUAACAUAUCAACUCCAAGCAAGCAUGAGGGGAAGCCCGAGGAGAUGAACAACAUAAUAAAUCAGUCAGACACAUCUAACACAGUUGACACACCUUUAUUCAAUGAGUCAAAAUCACAAGAAAAUGAAUCAUCUUCAGACCACAUGGAGGAGAGCAUUGCGGCGCCUACACCACCUACUGCUAGUCCUCAGCUCAAGACCCCAAGGACCAGAGAUGUUUCUGGGCGUGCCCUUGACUUUGAUGCGAUAAAAUCAUCUUCAGAUCUCUCAGAUGUGCUAUGGCAUCCAUCUGAUCUCUCAGUCAGACCAGUAAUGCCUAGCAGAAAAUUUGAUAAAGGAUCAGAUGCAAUUCCUUCCCUUCCAUUUCAUGCAUUUCCACCAUCUGAUUUUGUGAAAUUGCCUAAGGAUAAAUUGGAUAUUCUGUAUAACAGAAUUGUAAGUAUCCUGAAUGGGAAUGUCAAUGGGGAGAAGGAAAAUGUAAUUAGGUAUCUUGAGAUUUUAGGCACCAAUGCUGAGGCUGCCAAUGUUUUGACUAAUGGGCCAAUAAUGCUUGUUAUUGUCAAAAUGUUAAGGCAGUCUAAGGCAUUGGCUUUGCGUGUAAAACUGUCAUCACUAAUAGGCCUGUUGAUUCGCCAUUCCACUUCCAUUGGAGAUGAUUUGGCAAAUUCUGGAAUUUUAGGUGCUCUCACCGAUGGCCUCAGAGACAGACAAGAAAAAGUGAGAAGGUUUUCUAUGGCUGCUAUGGGUGAAUUGCUCUUUUACAUAUCAACUCUAAAUGAUGCUGCAAGGGAUAAUAAUCCCCAGGAAUCUCCAUCUAAAGACAGCCGACCCUCUUCUAGCUGGCAGGUUCCAAAUUCAUUGAUCUCUUUGAUCUCAUCUGUCUUACGGAAAGGAGAGGAUGAUCUUACUCAGCUUUAUGCUUUAAGAACAAUAGAGAACAUCUCUAGUCACGGAGGAUAUUGGGCCACACGUUUCACCAGCCAAGAUGUAAUUAGCAACCUUUGUUAUAUAUUCAGGGCUCCAGGAAAACAAGAGAGCAUGAGACUCACUGCUGGAUCAUGUUUGGUUCGUCUUGUUCGUUUCAGCCCACCCAGCAUUCAACAAGUUAUUGAGAAGCUUCCUCUCAAGGACAUCAAUUCUAGUGUUUUCAAGGGCAAUCAACGUGAACAACAAAUCUGCUUAAACCUUCUAAACAUGGCAAUGCUAGGAAGCCAUUUGCUGACAAAUGCUGGGCGACACCUUCUUCCCCUAAUGGAAGAUAAGAAUCUUGUCUCAAAUCUCAUCUCACUUAUUGAACAGGGAAGUGAAGUCCUGAGGGGCAAAGCACUCCUCUUUGUGGCUUUACUUUGUAAAAAUGGGAAGAGAUGUCUCUCACAGUUUUUCUGCAAUGCAAGACUGCUGUCAACUGUGGAUAGGCUUGCGAAAGAGAAAGAUAAAUAUGUGCAGCAUUGUCUAGAAGCAUUUGUGCAUUCUGUGGUGUCAGCUUUACCAGGUUUGCUGGAAUCUAUUACAGGAGAUAUUCAACAACUUCUGGGGGGCAGGCGUCAUGGACAGAUUUCAGGUCUCAACAGCCGGAAUUCUCCAAAGAACAGUAUUCAUUUCUUUCCUGUGGUUCUCCACCUUCUAGGGAGUUCUUCAUUUAAGCAUUCAGUAGUCACCCCACAGGUACUGCAGCUGGUGGCAAAUCUACUUAAACUGACAGAAUUGCCUUUCCAGGGCAGGGAUGACUUUCAGAUAACUCUUCUGCGAGUUCUGGAAUCAAUCUCAGAGGAGUCAACGGCAGUCAGUAAUAACCCCAUCAUUUUCAUCCGCCAAGUUCUUCCUGGCCUGACUACUCUAUACAAGGGAAACAAAGAUGGAGAUGCCCGUUUUCUAUGCUUGAAGAUUUUCUUUGACGUCAUGGUCCUUUUCCUGAAUGAGGCAUUCGAGGAUGAACAAAGGCCAGCAGAAGAAUUGAAGUCUGUGUCUAAUGUUCACUUCCUCCCUCUCUACCCAUCUUUGAUUGAGGAUGAAGACCCCAUUCCUAUGUAUGCCCAGAAAUUGCUUGUGAUGCUCAUUGAGUCCGAUUACAUAAAGACCUCAGAUAUUCUUCACAUGAAAGCAGUCCCACAGUGCUUUGAAUCUCUGCUAGGUGAUUUUUCAACUAUAAAUGUAAGCAAUGUAAUGCUUUGCCUGGCUCUAGCAUCUGCCCCAGAACUUGAAACCAGGAUCCUCUCCCAAUUAAAAGUAGUGAGGAAGAUUGGAAAUCUUUUAGAAUUUGUUCAUGCAAAGGAGAUGGAAGAUUUCAUCGAGCCAACACUUGGUCUUUGUAGGGCAUUCCUUUUACGCUCUGUAAGCUCUAGAACAGGCUUUGUCCAUUCAAAGCAGCCCACACUCUUAUAUGACGGUCCUAGCGAAAAUUCAGCUGACCAGCAACCGUCCAUAAAAGAUAUAAUAGACUUUGGGGCCAAUGUUGGAGUUUUGCUGGAACUGAGCAAGUCCUGUGAGGUCAUUAUUGCCGAUUUGGCAUCUGAAUGUUUGGUUUUGCUGUUCAAGGCAGCUCCAAGAGAAGCAACCAUGAACUUUCUAAUGAACCUCUACAAGGUCCCUGUUUUACUUGAGACGGGCGGCAAUGGCACCUCCCACUUGGUGGUAGUGCGAGUUCUGCAUGCUCUUGGUUUUUCCUGCCGACAGUAUCUGUUACAUUCAAUGAUAUUAUCAAUUUGUACGUCGGACAUGGCAAAAAUUGAAGCGAUUAUUUCGGAUCUUAGAGGUUCCAACAUAAAAAGCGUAGUUGAUGCCUCCUCUCGGGUGGCAAAGGAGUUGCAGCGGAUACAUCGUUAGGUUUUACCUCUGAGGAACCAAAAUAGUUCCUAAAAAAGAGCAGGACAGACAAUCCCUGCAGAUGCAGAAGCUCACAAGGUGACACAAUCUAUUCAUGUCCCUUUUUCUAAUUGUAUUACGGUAUCUAUGUAACAUUUUGUAUCAUAACAAUAUAUGUCGAGUUCAACUCCAUUUGUUCUCCCAGCA